ACCCUAGUGUCAACUUUUCGUAAUAUUUUCGGAUUUCAAGACCCUAAAUUUUCCAACAAAACAAAAAACCCUCUUUUUUCUCUCUCCUCUCUAACCAACUUAACCAAAUCUCCCACGAAAAACACUCUCUCACUUUCAAUAUCUCAAAAGCUUCGGAUCAUAUUAUUUUUUUUUAAUUUUAUUUUAAGGAAAUUCUUUAUUUGAAUGUAAUCUGUAAUAUAUCUGCAAGAAAUAAGGUGAUGUUUUAUUGUUGAUGCAUUGGAUGAAGAAAUAAUGGGGAAAGGUAGACCUAGGGCAGUUGAAAGAGGAGGGGGAUUGUUAGGGCAAAUUUCAGCAACAAAUGGGUCAAUGAAUAUAGCCCCCGCACCUGUUUAUUAUCCUACCGAGGAAGAGUUUAAGGACCCUUUGGAAUUUAUAUACAAGAUUAGGCCUGAGGCUGAAUCUUUUGGGAUUUGUAAGAUUGUUCCGCCGGAGGGGUGGAAACCCCCUUUUGCAUUGGAUGUGGAUUCGUUUUCGUUCCAGACAAAGACCCAGGCCAUUCAUCAAUUGCAAGCGAGGCCAGCCUCAUGCGAUUCCAAGACUUUUGAGUUGGAGUACAAUAGAUUUCUUGAGACCCAUUGUGGCGGCCGGAAGCCUAGGAGGAAGGUUGUUUUUGAAGGGGAGGAGUUAGAUUUGUGUAAGUUGUUUAAUGCGGCGAAGAGGUUUGGUGGGUAUGAUAAAGUUGCUAAGGAUAAGAAGUGGGGAGAGGUUUUUAGGUUUGUGAGGCCUAAGAGCAAGAUCUCUGAGUGUGCCAAGCAUGUUUUGGGUCAGUUGUACCUGGAACAUUUGUAUGAUUAUGAGGAAUAUUAUAAUGAGUUGAAUAAGGGGAUACCAAAGGAUUGUAAGCGAGAGAUGCAUAUUAAUGAUAGGAAAAGGGAUCAGGGGUCAGAUCCAGAUAGCUUAAAGAAACGGCGGAAGAAUGGUAGUGGGGACACUGUAAAAGUCUCCAAACCGAGGAAGGAAGAGGAGCGCGAUCAGAUAUGUGAACAAUGUAAAAGCGGUUUGCACGGGGAGGUUAUGCUUCUAUGUGACAGAUGUAACAAGGGGUGGCACAUUUAUUGCUUAUCACCUCCUUUGGAAGCAAUCCCACCAGGCAAUUGGUAUUGUCUUGAAUGCCUUAACUCUGACAAAGAUAGUUUUGGUUUUGUUCCUGGAAAAUGCUUAUCACUUGAAGCUUUUAGAAAGGUAGCUGAUCGCACCAAGAAAAAAUGGUUUGGAUCUGCGUCAUGCUCGCGUAUGCAAUUAGAAAAAAAGUUUUGGGAAAUUGUAGGUGGAUCAUUAGGCGAGGUUGAAGUCAUGUACGGUAGCGAUUUGGAUACAUCUAUUUAUGGAAGUGGGUUUCCCCGCUCAAACGACAAAAGACCGGAAUCAAUUGAUGCUGAAGUCUGGAAUAAGUACUGUAAUAGUCCUUGGAAUCUGAAUAACUUACCAAAGUUGAAGGGCUCAAUGCUUCGGGCAGUUCAUCACAGUAUUGCUGGCGUGAUGGUACCCUGGCUAUAUAUUGGCAUGCUCUUUUCUGCAUUCUGCUGGCAUUUUGAAGACCACUGCUUCUAUUCAAUGAAUUAUCAUCACUGGGGAGAGCCUAAAUGCUGGUACAGUGUUCCGGGUAGUGAAGCCUCUGCAUUUGAGAAGGUUAUGCGCAGCUGCCUGCCUGAUCUCUUCGACGCGCAACCAGAUUUGCUCUUCCAGCUUGUCACAAUGUUGAACCCCUCUGUUUUAGAAGAAAAUGGUGUUCCUGUAUAUAGUGUUCUGCAGGAGCCAGGCAACUUUGUGAUUACAUUUCCUAGAUCUUAUCAUGGAGGUUUCAAUCUUGGAUUGAACUGUGCCGAGGCUGUUAAUUUUGCUCCUGCUGAUUGGUUACCUCAUGGAGGGUUUGGAUCCGAGCUCUAUCAGCUGUAUCAUAAGCCUGCUGUACUUUCUCAUGAGGAGCUUCUUUGUGUGGCUGUUAAGAUUGGUUGUGACGCCAAAGUAGCACCUUACAUGAAUAAGGAGUUGGUGAGAGUAUUUUCUAAAGAGAAGAUUUGGAGGGAGCAGCUUUGGAAGAAGGGCCUUGUCAAAACAUCUAUUAUGUCACCCAGGAAGCAUCCUGAUUAUGUUGGCACUGAGGAGGAUCCUACUUGCAUAAUCUGCCAGCAGUAUUUGUAUCUUUCAGCUGUUGUUUGUCGCUGCAGGCCAUCUACAUUUGUGUGUUUGGAGCAUUGGGAACGCCUUUGCGAAUGUAAUCCAAGGAAACGGCGGCUCCUUUACCGUCACUCACUUGCAGAAAUGAAUGAGUUAUUAGUAAUAACAGAGAAGGUUAUUUCUGGUUCAGAUGACAGUCCACAAUGCAAAGAUUUACCACGGCAGAACAUAUGCUAUACCGACUCACGCAAUUUGACGAAAAAGGUGAAAGGUAAACAAAUAUCUCUUGCUCAACUUGCUGAAGAGUGGUUGUUGAGCUCAUGUAAGAUAUUUCAGCUCCCCUUUUCCUCAAGUGCUUAUGCCAGCGCAUUGAAGGAAGCCCAACAAUUUAUUUGGGCGGGUCCUGAAAUGGAUUCGGUGCGGGAUGUGGUGAAAAAUUUGGUUCAAGCUAAAGAGUGGGCAGAGAGCAUAAGAAAGUCUCUCUCAGCUGUUGAAAGCUGGUCUAAGAAUACUUCUAGUGAUAUGGAUAAGGAUAAGGUGCACCUUGAGCAUAUCAACAACUUGUUGAAACAUGAUUCCGUUCCUUGUAAUGAGCCUGGGCAUCUGAAACUGAAGGAGUAUGCUGUAUCAGCUAGGGUGUUGAUUCAAGAAAUUAAUGAUGCUCUUUCACAGUUCACAGUUUCUAUGGCUGAGUUGGAGAACCUUCUCAAUCAAACUUCCAGCUUCCCUAUCUACAUGAAAGAAAGUGAAAAGUUGGCCAAAAAAAUUUCAUCUCUGAAGGUGUGGCUUGGUAAUGUCAAAAAGUGUGUUCUAGAGACAAGUCCGGCUGCGAUUGAUAUUGAUUUCCUUCGCCAUUUGAAAGUGGAGAUGUCAGAGCUACGAUUGUACAUACCAGAAAACGAAAAGCUUUUGGAGUUGUUUGGGCAGGCUGAACUUUGCCAGGCCCAGUGCAAUGAGAUGCUGAAAGGUUCCAUAACCCUGGAGAAACUUGAGUUGCUUAUGCGAGAGUUUGGGACUUUUGUAGUCAACAUUCCAGAGUUAGAGCUACUAAAACAAUAUCACGGGGAUUCUGUUUCAUGGGUUUCUCGUUUUAAAAAUAUACUGUUAAACAGUAAUGAACGGGAAGAUCAAGAAAAUGUCGUGGAAGAAUUAAAAUGCAUUCAGACAGAUGGAUCAGAUUUGAAAGUUCAAGUUGAUGAGUUGGCUCUUGUUGAGGCUGAACUGAGCAAGGCGUGCUGCAGAGAAAAAGCACUGAAGGUCCGCAGAACUAAAGUGAUGAUAGAUUUUGUUCAACAAGUACUGUCUGAGGCUGAAAUAUUACAGAUUGAAAGGGAGGAACUGUUUGUUUCUCUGUGUAAUAUGCUUGCAGCUGCUUUUUCCUGGGAAGAAAGAGCAACAUAUAUUUUGGCAGUUGAGUCGAAGCUGGAGGACUUUAAGGAUGCUAUAAGGACCUCUGAGGAUAUAUUUGUGAUCCUACCUUCCCUGUCUGCUAUUAAGGAUGCUGUUUCUGCAGCUGAUUCCUGGUUAGAAAGUUCAAGGCCUUUUUUACAGUCAUCUGUACUGACUGCAUCUGUUUCAAACACUGUACUAGCGUUUGAGGACUUGAAGGAGCUAGAUUGUCGGUCAAAGGAUCUGAAAGUAAAAUUAGAUGAAAUAGUGUUGAUUGAAACAGUUUUGAAGAAGUGUGAGGAAUGGAGAUGUUGUGCUUGCUCUUGUUUGAAGGAUGUUGAGGAAAUGUUAAAUAGGAAGGAUAUUUUUAACAGACUCCAUAGUGAUGACUUUUUGGACAUUGAGCAACUAAAAACAAAGGUGGAAAGUCUUGCAAAUGUUGGCCAGUCUCUGGGGUUUGACUUUCCUGAAAUUUCCUUAUUAUGGAAUGCUGCUUCAACAUUGAAAUGGUGCUUGAAGGUCCUCAUGUAUCGCUUUGUACCUUCUUCAUUUGAGGAUGUUGACAGCUUGAUUAAAGAGAUGAAAGACCUUCCAACUGGAUAUGCUGCUGCUUUUGUCUUCACCGCGUUGAUUGAUGCAGUUUCUUGGCUCAAGAGGGCCUCUGAAGUCCUAUCAGUUUCAAGCAGUGGAAGAAUAAGAAGAUUUUACUUGAUUGAUGCCGAAGAUAUCCUAAUGAAAUCACAGGAUAUGCUGGUCUCGUUUCCAACAAUGAUUGUCCAACUUGAGCAUGCAAUUAAAAAGCACAAGUUGUGGCAAGAAGAAGUUCGAGCGUUUUUCAGCGAUGAUUCCAAUGAGCGGUGUUGGUCUUCGUUAUUGGAACUUAAGGAACUUGGAAGGGAUGCUUUUAACUGUCCAGAGCUCGACAUGAUAAUGUCUGAGUUUAACACUAUAGAGAAUUGGAGGCAACGAGGAGAGGAGGUGGUUGGGUGUUCAGCAUCUGGGGAUGUGGCAACAUUGUUAAGUUCCCUUUUAAAGAUCAAACAGUCAUUAUAUAGAUCUCUGUAUAUCUACGAGAAGUCAAGUUGCUGGAAAGUGAGAUACUUUUGCAUUGGAUGCUCCAGUAACUCUGAUGAUCAAGAGUUCAUUACUUGUUCAACAUGUAAGGAUUGCUACCAUCUUAGAUGCUUGAUACCGAAGUCAGUUGCUAGUGACAAGGAGAAAAAAUAUACCUGCCCGUAUUGUGUAUUACUCGACAGUGGUUCAAUAUGUAGGAGUAAAGACAGUCCUCUGAAAUAUAGAGGAAAGCGUCCGGAAUUGGAGAAGCUUGUUGAACUGUCUUCUGAUGCUAAAAAGUUUACUACGAGGCUUGAAGAAAAUGAUAUGUUGCAAGAGAUUCUUGAGCAAGCUCUUGCAUGCAGAGGCUGCUUGUCAGAAAUUGUCGAUUCUUCUUUAUCUUUCUUUGACGAGGAUAUAUCAUCCAUCUCUGGGAAACUGACGAUUGCUUUGAAGGCUCUAGAUGUGUCUGGGGUUGGUGAUUCACUUGCUAUCCAGAAGUUUGAUCAGGCACUUGCCCGAAAUUCAUGGAGAAUUAGAGCUUCUAGAUUGUUUGAGGGUUCACAGAAGCCUGUAAUGCAACAGCUUCAGCGCCAUUUGAAAGAGGGCUCUGCUAUAAAUGUUCCUUUAGAAGAUUACUUCAAGCAGAAACUUCUAGAGGUGAAGCAAGCUGGAAUGCAGUGGGCAGAUAUGGCCAAGAAGGUUGCUAGCGAUAGUGGGGAUUUGGAGCUGGAUAGAGUGUUUGAGCUCAUUUCCGAAGGCGAGAAUUUGCCCAUCCAUUUUGAGAAGGAGCUUAAGCUGUUGCGGGCAAGAAGUGUGCUUUACUGCAUUUGUCGGAAACCUUAUGAUUUGAGGCCAAUGAUCGCCUGCGAUGAAUGUGAUGAGUGGUAUCAUUUUGAUUGUGUCAGUUUGGAGUCUCCACCAGAUAUUUACAUCUGUCCAGCUUGUACACCUCUGAUACAAGGAAAAAUACCUGUUUCCCCAUCCGUUAAACGAGAGAGAUCUCAGAGCGCGAAAGACAGUGAGCCGCAGACCCCUUCUCCUCGGCACGUGGAGUCGAGAUGGAGGCUUAAGAAAGAGAAACCAUCGAAGAAGAGGAAGACAGUUGUAGGUGAUGGCGAUAAUAGGAAUAGUUUAGAGUGGUGUAGUGGAUUUGAUGAUGAUUUAUUGUGGAGAAAUAAGAAACCAUUCGGAAGAACGGUCAAGAAAAGGACCGAUUUAGGAAGCCUUUCCCCAUUCUUUUCUUUAAAGCAAUAGUUAUUUAGUUUAGUUUAGUUUCUUUCUAGUCUAUCAAAUGUAUUCUAUUCUAUUCAAUUCAUUCAUUUUCUUUUCCACCAUUGCCGAAAUGCAUGGUGGUUAAGUAAAGUAAUAAAAGAGAGAAGAGAAUUAGUUUCUCUUAUCUA